UACAGAUAAAACGAGCUUCAAGUACCAGCAAUAAACAAUCUUUAGAAAAUUAUGCAGAAAAUUUUUCUGGUGUCAGGUAGAGGUAUUAUAUAUCAUUUCGGAUUAUUACAAGUCUUGUGCUCAUCUUGUGCUCAUGCUAUCUUUAAGCAGGUAGUUUUGGUCUUUACCGAUGGAUUAUACUCUCUUCGUGCCUUCUGAUAAUCCUUACGCAUUAGCAUAGUUUUCAUUUACAACUCACUCACAGAUGUUCAAUUUGUGCUAUGAUUUAUUAGAAUCUAGCAAUGAACUGGGUAAGAUGCAUUUUAUAUUCUUUGAUGUGUGGUCUCGAUUGGAUUAUUCUAAAGUCACAUGAUAUUUCAUGAUUUUUGAGUGGGUACUGAACAUCUCAGAAGGACCAAUCCUGACUUAGCUCUCCCUACUUGCUGGUGAUGUACGCGUGCGUGCGUGCGCGCGACGAAGAAUGUGGAGUAGGAGUAAAAUGCACAUAGUGGGGAAAAUGCAUCCAUUAAAACGGAGCGACUCUAGUCAUAGUCACCUAUAUUGUUGUUUACAGUCUCAGGACGCGCAACAACUAAAACUCUCAGUGAAUAUAUCGUGGAAAGUAUUCUCUGAAUAAAAAUCUGCAUUUGUGUUUGAUUUGUGAAUUGUUUACUUAAGUAACUGUGCAAAUUUGUUGGUGAUAAGUGCUUUACAUCUUCAUAUUACGUGCAGUACUUAAAGUGCAUUACUCUGUUGCCAAGGCGACUAAUAAUGCCUUAAGGAGUUUACAUUUAAUUGUGAUUCUUUAUUUUUCUUUAUUUUGAAAAGUGUUGAACGAUAUGAAUUUUUCAUUUAUGAACCAAAUUGCAAUGGAUUUCUCAUUAUUGAGCCACUAUGAAGGACCUGUUGAAGGUGAUGUCGGCGAAGAUCAAAAUUUGCUGUGGGAAGAACCUCAUUAUGGUUUGACAAGUGAACAAUAUUUACAAGGCACUGAAGAAUAUGGCCAGGAAUAUAAUGGAGCAGAAUUUCGUGAAACACAGAGUGUACUUGCUGACGGUGGUGACAGUUUCGGAGUAUCUACUGUUACAUUUGAUACCAUGGAAGAACUUUUGUGGAUGGGCAAUCAAGGGGGCCAUGUAACAUCUUAUUAUGGUAGUGGUCUGCAAAAAUUUACAUCUUUUCAAGUUCAUGCUACCCAGGAAAUUAGACAAAUUCAUGCGAUAGAUGAAGCGAUCCUUUGUCUUACUCAGACUUCUCUUCGAGGUCAAUUACGCCGAGGCAUUCCAUUAUUUACUCAUACAUCGUCGAACAUGAUUGAUAUGCAAUGCAUGCUUCAAUAUGGUUCUCAAUUAUUAAUGGGAGGCCAUCAGGAUACAAUAAUAAAUUUUGAUCUCUCUCAUGGAAAAGAAACAGGAUCAGUACAUGUUGGCGAAAAUGGGUGUGCAAUCAUGAGGCGAAAUAACAAAUUUAUUUGUACGGGAAAUCCAGCCGGCCGAAUAGAUUUGCGAGAUCCUUAUUCUCUAUCUAUUGAACACACUCUAGAAACUCACAGUGGUUCUUUGAGUGACUUUGAUGUCCAAGGAAAUUAUUUGGUGACUUGUGGAUUCAGUAAUAGUCGACAGGGUCUUUCAGCUGAUAGAUUCUUGAUGGUCUAUGAUCUAAGACAAAUGCGAGCUCUUACUCCUGUUACAACACUCGUAUAUCCGUUCUUGUUGAAAUUUUUGCCGAGCUACUCCAGUCGUCUUGCUGUGGUUUCGCCUCUGGGACAGAUGCAGUUACUUGAUACUAUUUAUGCUGACGUACAGCCAUCGCACACUUGUCUUUACCAAGUUGCAACUGGUGGUGCAAUGGCCCUGUCGUUUGAUGUGUCUCCAACAUCAAAAUGUUUGGCUUUUGGAGAUGCUGCUGGAUCUAUCCAUUUAUUGGCUACCAACAAUCCAAAUUUUCAAUUUAAUACUUAUUCAAGACCUACAGAAUUCGCUGAUCCAGUAGAAACUCUUGAUACUAUUGCAUAUGAUGAUUAUAUAACAUCUUUAAGUUCGGUACCGAUGAUAUACAAUGGUGAUUCAUUAGCUAGUGAUUGGCCAGAACAGUUUUUGACGAAAACUUACAGGAGAACACCAGCAAUAGAUCCAGAAAUAUUAAGGACAAUGAAGAUGCAGGGAACUAUCGGUUACGCGCCAAAUCCUCAGUCUUUCCGCAGAAAUCAAAUUCCUUAUAAUUAUGAAAAACGAACUGGUUUGGUAUCAAAAACAUUUUCUGGAGAAUCGAGAUCCAAAACUGAAGAUGGUACUUUCAUUGCUAUUCCUAAACGGUAUCGUAAAAUUGAAAUGAAAUACUCUCGGCUGGGAUACGAUGAGUUUGAUUUGGACCAGUACAAUUUGACCAGCUUUUCUGGACUAGAAGCCACAUUGCCCAAUAGCUAUUGCAAUGCUAUGUUACAAUUACUCUACUACUGUGAACCAGUUCGAGUAGCUCUCAUGUCUCACGCAUGCCAAAAAGAGUUUUGUUUAUCUUGUGAAUUAGGCUUCCUUUUUCAUAUGCUGGACAUAUCAAAAGGUAUUCCAUGCCAAGCUGCUAAUUUUCUUCGAGCAUUCAGAACGGUUCCAGAAGCAGCUGCUUUAGGACUUAUACUCAGUGAUUUACAUCCUGAAGCCAAGAAGAAAACUAGUUUGAUUAGAUUAACACAAAGCUGGAAUAGAUUUAUUCUACAUCAAAUGCAUUAUGAGAUCUGGGAAACAAAAAAACGGCAACAAGAAGAAAAAGAAGCUGCGCGAUUGAAAUCAGAAUUGAAGAGUGUACCAUUUGUAUAUAAUGAACAAGAUUUUCCAAGUAUUCUGCAAGAUCUGGGGUCACGUUACAAAAACCACGAUUCCGAGAAAAAGAAGAAAAGAAGAAAGGAAGAGGAUGGUAAAUAUAUAUGGAUUGCAGCUAAAGAAAAUGCCAAUAAAAAAACUGUAGAAGGAAAUGAAUCACAAGAAGAAGAUACUGACAUCAGUCGAGUAUUUGGAGCUGAACAAAUUCACAUUCAUCGUUGUCUCAAAUGUGGUCAAGAAGCUUCUAAGCAAUCUAUAAUGCUUCAAUGUAAUCUAGUAUAUCCAGAAGCAGUAAAUGCAAAUGAAGAAAUUCCUUUCACGAAAAUAUUAUCCCAAAGUUUAAAGCCUGAGAAAAUAACUCCAGCCUGGUGUGAUGAUUGUCAAAAAUUCAGUCCUACAUUACAAUCUCGUCGGAUCACUAAAUUACCACAAGUUUUAGUACUUAAUUGUGGAUUGGAUACACAAAAAGAAAAAGAUUUUUGGCAAACGCAAAUGGAUAUUAUCGUUCAUAAAGCUAUGAAUGGAAAAGAAAAUAGCCCAUCGUCAAGUCCAACGCCAAGUCCAGUACCAAGUACAACGAAAAUGUGUCGUUAUGGAGUGAAUUGUGCCCGCAGUGAUUGCAGAUUUAGACAUACAGGAAAGGAUUCUGAUCAAAGUCAGUCUGUGCUUUCAUCAGUUCCAGUCCAAAUAACGACGCCGCCCAGUCAUUAUUACUAUCAACAUUCAUGGAUACCACAUUGUAUUGAAGUAUCUAUUGACGGCAAUGGUGAACUUUCAGUAGAAGAAUUAAAUAAAAUUGAUCGUGAAGUUUCAAGUAGUGCACCGUUGAUUGUAGAAAAUGGUCAACAUGAUAGUGCAGUGAAACCAGAUAGUGUACAGAACAAAAAAGAAAGUGAAGUCAGUGAAGAGAAGAAGUCUGUUGAAGAAACAAAAGAAGAAAAAGAAGAACCUAAAGAAAACAGUGAGACAGUGAACCCUGAAGUAACAAAUCAAGGACAGAAAAUGCAGUACACUCUUUCAGCUGUCGUUUGUUAUAUUGAUGAUAAAACGAGUGAAGAUCGAAGGCAUGUGGUUGCAUUAAUUCGUGUUGGACCUAAUUACCAUGAACGAUCAACGGGUAGUGCAGUCGCGCAGUGGUAUCUGUUUAAUGACUUCAGUAUAUCUGCAGUUACACCCCAAGAAGCAGUAUGGUUUAAUUUAGAUUGGAAAGUACCAUGUGUUUUGCAUUAUACAGCAGUUCCAGCCCCGGAACCAGCUACCUUUGUUAGCCCAUUAACUUACAACGUGUUUGGCGAGGAUAAAUGUAUAGCCCGCAGUGGUGGAACUCGGGGUAUUACUUUUACGCCAUUAACUACUGAUGAAAUGCCAAAAAAAGGUGAAUUAGUAGGCAUUGAUGCUGAGUUUGUUACAAUUAACCCAAGAGAAUCUGAAAUACGAAGUGAUGGCAAAAUGUCAACUAUUAAACCCAGCCAUAUGUCUGUUGCACGAAUUACAUGUAUUCGCGGUCAAGGACCUCUGGAAGGAACUCCCUUCAUCGACGAUUACAUCAGUACUCAAGAACAAGUUGUAGAUUACCUUACUAAAUUUAGUGGUAUUCAACCUGGAGAUCUAGAUGCCAAUUUCAGUAGUAAACAUUUAACUACGUUGAAGUCAACGUAUCAAAAGCUAAGAUUCCUUGUGGAUAAUGGAAUUAUUUUUGUUGGUCAUGGAUUAAAAAAUGAUUUCAGAGUAAUCAAUUUAGUUGUUCCACCAGAACAAAUAAUUGAUACAGUUUUACUAUUCCAUUUGCCACAUCGUCGCAUGGUAUCCCUUCGCUUCCUUACAUGGCAUUUCUUCGGAAGAACGAUUCAAUCAGAAACUCAUGAUUCAACUGAAGAUGCACGGGCUGCAUUGGAAUUAUAUCAUAAAUACAAAGAAUUAGAGUCUUCUGGCAAAAUAUAUGAUGAACUCAAAAGAUUGUAUGAAGUUGGAAAUGAGUUACAAUGGAAGGUUCCAGAAAACCAACCUUUAGCUGAUUUUCCGAUCAAAGCUGAGUAAAUGAGGGAUUUCAUCCAUUACGUAACUUCUGCAUAUGUACAAUUCAAAAGGAAAUUAAUUGAACCAGAGAUUAUUUUUGGAUAAGGAACUUCAUUACGGGUAUAAAAGUAAUUUUUACUACGUGCUGUAUAAAAAUAUUAGUUUAGGAAAAAUUCAUUUUUUACUUAAUUAGUUUAUUAAGGUGUAUUUAAACAUUUACACCAUUAUACAUAGCAUAAUUUAAUGAAAUCACAGAACAAGUUUUAAAUAGUGAACAAUUAGCCGCAAUGGGAAAGAUAAUUUUUUUUUUUAUAUUUACUACUUCAAGUUUCCAAAAUAUUUAUUUUUGAUCAUUAUUACAAGGUAGAUUUUUACAAAGGUUCUGUCCAAUGUUUGCUUGAAAAAAGUUUUUAUAUUUUUACCGCAUAAUUUAUCACAUUUUUUAUUUUUUAUUUCUUGAUAUAUUUUGUUGUCAAUUACUCAAUUAUUGUAAUGUCAGUACUUUGCAGUUUAUACAAAGGGAAAAAGGUCAUUAAUUUAUAUACAUAUAUACUCAUUUGUAAAUAGAAUGCAAAACUCAUGCUAUCAAGCAAAGAAGAGCUGUUAUUUAUAUAAAAGAAAUGAACUUUUGUAUAAUUUUAUUUUUUUCGAAUUAAUAUAUGCAUUCCGAAUUCAAAGUCAAUAGUUUGUAAAUAGACAAGUGAAUUUCAUAAUAUUAUAUAUUUACACAAUUUUAUUUAAUUUAUUGUAUAUAAACAUUUUAUACUCUUUAUAUAUAAUUGUUUUAAUGCAAAAAAUUUUAAAUUGUCUUUUCUACUGUCACUCAUUUGCGGCAAUUGUCAAUCAAAUCAGUGUAUAGAAUCAUAAGUAGCGAAAAAUUAAUCGAUUGAAAAAAAUUAAAUAUAUUUUACAGACUAAAAUUAUUGUACACUGUUUAACUAUUUUUAUAUGUGCUUUAAAUUAGAAACAACAAAAACGAAAUUCUUAAAUAUGAUGUAAAUUGUAUCGAUCGAUAGAAAAUAUAUUUUUGAAAUUAUAAGUGAGAGAGAGUCUAGUAUUAUCUAAUAUUAGACUUAGGUUAUGGUUUAGUAUAAGUAAUGAUAAGAGUUAUUUACGUCUGUAACUGGUACAAAAUACUAUAAUUUACAAUAAAUUUUUUACUUACAAUA